CGCAAUUUCCAAAAGUGCCCACCAGACAUUUACCUACUUGCUCUCGGCUGUUUAGGAGUUAGACGUUUACCAAUUACCCACAGCAGUUACCUCGCCCUAUCACCUCAAUACCUAACGUGCCACCUUCAACGAAAUGGUCGAGCGUAUUUAUGUUGUCCGACAUGGCUUUCGCAUGAACUGGCAAGGCAACGAGACCUUCCCUAUCACGGGACGGCCCCGUGACCCCGUCCUGACUGCUCAUGGGCUUGACCAAGCGCGAUGUCUGGCUCAAUACUUUCUCUCAUUACCCGAAGCCGAGCAACCUCAACUGGUCAUCUCCUCAAGGUACUACCGGUGCAUGCAGACAGCCUUCCCUACCGCAAAGGCGCUCGGCUUACAGUUGCUGCCUGAGCCAGGCCUCUCUGAAUGGUUUCCACCUGCAUGGCCACCAGAUAGCGGCAAGCACCCCUUUCCUCCCUCGGUUGAAGACCUGGAAGAACAAUUCCCCCCGAACGCCAUCUCUCGGACGUGGCGACCGCUGCUCUACGCCUCCCCCCAAGGCGAGACAGCUGAGCAGCUGCACAAACGAACAAAGCGCUUCCUGUCCCUACUUGAAGCACGCUGUGAGCAGAUCGGCGUUAAGCGCGUGCUAUUAUGCUCGCACGCAGCGACCAUCAUCGCUUUGGGUCGCAGCAUCCUGGCCGAAAGCGCAGGCACCGACGGCCGCGGGUAUCCUAUCGGCGCCGGGACGGCAAGUCUGAGUCUGUACGUGCGUGGCGAGCAAGGAGGCGAUGCAGGACGUUGGACACAGCUGCUCAAUGGCUCGGCGGAUCAUCUGCCCGAGGGCGUCGAGCGGGAAUGGAACUUUGAUCACGUGCCGAGCAACGUCACGGAGCCGGGCAUGGGGGCCGAUUGGGUCGACUCUGCGCAACCGCUGCUGGAGGACAAGGCGGACACGGUUUGGAUGGAGGACGAGCAAGACCCAUAUAGAGAAGACGCUGGGCCGACGUUCGAAGGAGCCAAGCUAUGAGGUCCGAUAUUGCACUCCUUCAGCGACUUUAGACGCUAUCGAAAGUAUUUAUACAAUACGGUGGGGGCUGCACGCAGUUACGAUUAGAUCCAUUCUGCGUACACAAUGUAUCCUUUGUCUGCCAAAAUCCCACG